CUAGACACAGGGUCUGCCUUUUCAAUUAUCUCCUUGCAUACAUUUAGGAAGAUUUGUUCCGGUAGUGGAACUCAGGCCAAGUUAAGGCCUUCUGACAUUGUGUUAACAGAUUUUCAAAAUUCAAGAGUGUGUGUUAAGGGGGAGGCCACCCUUAACGUGCAAUACAAGAGUUUUGAAGGUCCACUAGACUUAUUAGUAGUAGGGGGUGAACGAACGAGUCUCAUAGGACUCGAUUGGUUUGAGGCCCUGGGGAUACACGUCACAGGACUCAACAGUUUACAAACACUCGACCUACAGGAAGUCUGCAAAGAAUUUGCAGAUGUUUUCAGCCCCCAGCUGGGCACAUUCAAAGGACCCCCUGUGUCCUUAAAGCUAGACCCCACUGUCACUCCCAUUAGAAUUAAAGCAAGAAGGGUCCCUUUUGCUUUAAAAAGUAAAAUUGACACUGAGUUAGACAAACUGAUCCAACAGGGAAUCCUAGAACCUGUUGAUUCCAGUCCUUGGGAGACCCCCAUUGUCACGCCUCUAAAGGCAAAUGGGGACAUUCGCAUUUGUGCUGACUACAAAUGCACUCUGAAUAAGGCAUUGCAGCAACAUGCCUAUCCUGUUCCUGUGGUCAGUCAUAUUCUGGCCUCCCUCAAGGGGGGGCGCGUUUUUGCAAAGCUUGACCUAGCUCAAGCGUAUCAACAGCUGCCUGUUGAUGAUGAUGCUGCUAUAGCUCAGACUAUUGUGACCCACAGGGGAGCCUUUAAGGUAAAAAGGCUGCAGUUUGGAGUGAAUGUCGCUCCUGGGAUUUUCCAAAGCGUAAUGGAAAACACACUGCGGGGCAUACCGGGGGUUUGCCCCUACUUUGAUGAUGUCUUAAUUGCAGGAGACUCCACACACAUUCUAGCUGAAAGGCUAAGAGCUGUUCUGUUAAGAUUCAGGAAAUCAGGCCUCAAGCUCAAAAAAGACAAAUGCAUGAUUGGGGUGCCUUCUACUGAAUUUCUGGGGUUCAAAAUUGAUGCUGCUGGGAUUCACCCUGCUGAAUCCAAACUGACUGCUAUUUUAGAAGCACCUAGGCCAAAGUCCAAGGCCGAACUUCAGGCCUUCCUGGGCCUCCUGAAUUUCUACAAUUCUUUUCUUCCACAAAAAGCUAGUGUAGCUGAGCCUCUUCACAGGCUACUAGACAAGCAAGCAGUGUGGCAGUGGUCACAAAUGCAUGAGGGUUGUUUUAACAAAGUCAAGGCUUUGCUCACUUCUAACAGUGUACUUGCACAUUUCAACGAGUCUCUUCCCGUGUGCAUCACUUGUGAUGCGUCCCCUUACGAGGUUGGAGCUGUCCUGAGCCACCUCAGGUCUGAUGGAACUCAGGUUCCUGUUGCAUAUUACUCCAGAACAUUGUCUUCUGCUGAGCGCAACUACGCUCAGAUAGACAGGGAGGCUCUGGCUGUUGUUGCUGGAAUUAAAAAAUUCCAUGACUUUCUAUAUGGCAGGCACUUCACGGUCUUCACUGACCAUAAGCCUCUGCUGGGACUGUUUACCACACGUAAGCAGACUCCCCAAAUCAUUUCCCCUAGAAUGCUUAGGUGGUCUAUUUUUUUGUCUGCAUAUGAUUUUUCCUUACUCCACAAGCCUGGAAAAGAAAUGGGCCAUGCUGAUGGCCUCAGUAGAUUGCCUCUGCCAGUAGUAGAAGCUGACCCUGCGCCAGCUGUCAACAUUCUAUCAAUCCAAGCCUUGCCCGAGCUCCCUCUUAGUGCCAGGGAUGUUGCCGCUGAAUCAGGUACAGAUCACACACUUUCACGUGUCCGUUCCUGGGUUUUGUCUGGUUGGCCUGAGCACUGCCCUAGUCCUGAGUUUCAGAGUUUCUGGUCCAAAAGGAACGAGCUGUCCCUUUCUCAGGGUUGUCUGCUUUGGGGAAACAGAGUUGUCAUUCCCACCUCAAUGAGGACUAGGGUCUUAGAAUCCCUCCACGAGGGUCAUCCUGGCAUUGUUCGUAUGAAGGCUCUUGCGCGCAGCCACUUGUGGUGGCCUGGUUUAGAUAAAGAUAUUGAGGCUAAGGUGCAUGCAUGCCACCUGUGCCAACGAUCUCGCCCAGAGAUGCCCCAAGCUCCCGUGCAUAGAUGGAAGGAAACACAGUUCCCAUGGUCUAGGGUGCACAUUGACUACGCUGGACCCUUUCAGGGCCAGUUCUUCUUGGUCCUUGUUGACAGCCAUUCGAAAUGGCUUGAGGUUGUACCUGUCUCAUCCACCACCACUGCAAAGACUAUUCAGGUACUGAGGGGGAUUUUUGCUGCACACGGGCUGCCAGAUGUCAUUGUGUCCGACAACGGCCCUCAAUUCACUUCCUCCGAAUUCCAAGCUUUCUUACAGGCAAACUUUCUCCUUUCUUAUCGCACCACACCGUCCACUUCUACAGGGAGAAGCCCAGCUGAACUUCGUUGGGGGCGUCAACUUACUACUAAACUUGACCGGUUGCAUCCGGACAGACUGCCUUCAUCUACCUCACAUCCUAGGGCACCUAGACAACUACUUGUGGGUGCCCCGGUUUGGGCUCGCAAUUACGGGCCUGGUCAUACAUGGGUCCCCGCUUCUAUUUCCAGGGUCACAGGUCCUCUCUCCUACAAGGUAGCCCUGGACAACGGUCGUGUCCUGCGUCGGCACAUCGACCAAUUCCGCCCUCGGCGGGCCUUUUCAGAUGAGACUCCUGGAAUGCUGAAAAAGAAUAAUUCAGUCCGAGAUCAUAAAGUGGCUAUAUUGAUAGAUGAAGUUGCAGAAGAAACAGAUGAGUGGAAUGAUGACAACGGGCAUUACAAAGGGAUACCUUAG